AUGCACUUGUCAUCUGAAUGUCUCGAAGAUCUUAAAUACCUCGUCUUUUGGGAACAAUCGGAGGAGCCAUCACUUAUGAAAUUCUUAAAUUUCCGAUUACACGCACAAGAUUUGGAAGAUGAGGUGACGGAGCAUAACCGGUACAAAAAUGAACUGAAGGCUAUAAAGAAGCAUUAUGACGAAACAUCUGACGUCGGGCAAAAGCGUUGUGGGAGUGUGAGGCAUGAGGCAUUGUUUGAUGUAUAUAAUUCACGGACUACUUUGCGGACUGCUCGUUCGGGAAAGACUGCUUGUUUGGGAAAGACUGCUUGUUUGUCUGGGAAAGGUUACUUACUUGUCUGUGGUUGGACCUAUGUUCUUCCUCAUAUGCAAAGCAGAAUAAUGAAAUUACUUGAGGAGAAAAGCAAGUUGCUUAAGAAGCAACAAGUAGGUUAUCUUCGAAAUUUAGCAAUUUUUGUUUUGAUACAUUUUUUAAUAUCUACAAUCAAUCUACAAAAGAAUGUACUAGAGAACGAAAUCGAUCUUGAACAGACCCGACACAUUCUAGACACGACAAAAGAAACCCGAAAUCAGGGUAUUUUACUGCAAAAAGAAGUUACGAAAAAGAUUGAAAACCGCGUGACUGGACAUAAGCGAGCUCGUGAAGAAAAGACAACUGAACCACCAAAAAAGAGAACGUCAUCAGGAAAAAGGGGGGACACAUUUCCUGAUGGCACAAAAAUCGCAAAACCAGCUCCAAUAAACCUUACACCAUCAGAGGAAAGUGAUGACGGUAAUUCAUCAUUAACGGUUUUCAAUUCCUAUUCUAGAAACUCGCAGAAUUGGAGCCUGCCUUCAGGAAAAACUGUUGAAGGUAUCUUCUCGAUGAAUGUGUCUGAAUAUUUGAAAAGAUAUAAACAGAAGAAAAGACUGACACUCGUUGAAAGGGCUGUCUUACGAUAUGGUGCUUCGAGACUUAUCGAUCUUUCGGCUCACAUGAGAGCUUGGUUUACAAAUAACGAUAGACAUUCCAUGACAAAAAACUAUGAAGACAUGCUCAAAGUUCCGGAGCUUCCUGAAGAUAUCAAUAUGUUUAUUUCGACGAUUGAAAAGAAAGUAUGCCAAGGUGAUCCAGAAGCUGUCUAUAAAUUAUGCAUUGAUAAGCAUGCUUGUUCGCCAAUGAAUAGCUGUAUCCACCAGAUCAGCAAAAUAUACGCUGAAUUUAUUUAUAAAACCAUGGAUGGGAAUGACAUAUUGGAUUGUGACGCCAUAGGUCACACAGAAAUAGAUAUAAUUGUCAAGGCCUUUUCAUUUAUCAUCGACGGACUGAAUAAGGGACUUGGAAUAAGGCAAAAAUGGGGGGAAUCGUUUUGUCCUCAAAGCAAAUCGGCAAUUUACCAUAAAUGUCGAAAAUGCGAUGUGCGUUUCCUAACAUCAACGGGGAUGGAUUUGGGGGAGUGGGAAUUCGCCGUACGUGCAACCGAUGCAAAAACAAUUUCUGAUCGAUGUCGAUCUGGCAGGAUUAAUCAGACGAUCCUAAAUGGUUUGCUCAGACUUGAAUGGAACAAUGAACAAGCGGAAUUAAUAAAUGUACCCUUUAUGCAGUUCGCUGGGGUCAAUGGACAAAUGUUAAUAGAGGACUUAGUAAAUGGAUUUUAUGUAGUCUUCCCUGGACAAAAAUUCCAACUUCCAACUAAGCUUUGCCAGAUUAAAAUGUUAAAGCCAACAAUAAAAAUUACAAAAUAUAUCAUGGAUAUGUACAGCAAAACAAAUGAUUUGAUAAAUAGCUUGGAGACCGGAUAUCAUGCAUUUGAUGGUAUCUUCAAUAUUGACGAGCCUGACACAAUAUCACAUUGCAAAUUUAGAACCCGUGAUCCGUGGUGGACCAAGAAGCAAACAAACAAAGAUAAAAAGGAUAUGGAAAUGUAG